GCAGCUUCAGCUUCUGCCACUCAACCCAAAUGCUAGCUCUCUGCAUGCUAGUCUCUCUCCACCUAGUAAACUGAAAACCUCGUCGUAGCUAUUUAAGUUAUUAUGGUUGGAAAGAAAGCAAAUCCAGAUAUCGAGAAGCAGCCAGUAACAUGCGGAAAGGUGAUGAGUGCUCCAAAUUGGAUAACAAAAAUAAAGAAGAUUUUUGAUGAUGUGCUUCAGGGGGUGAUUUUUGAUGUGCAUCAGGGGCCUUACCUUCAAAUGUGGAACAGUAUAUUUGUGAUCUCAUGUGUAUUUGCUGUCUCUCUGGAUCCUUUGUUCUUUUAUGUUGUGAAUGUCAAUCAGGAUGAAAAGUGCCUUCACACGGACAAAAAGUUGGAAAUUGUUGCUCUUGUUAUGCGAUCACUCACGGAUGUCAUUUUCGUCGUGCAUUUGAUAUGUGAAAUUUCAUACUCUGUUCAAAAGACAAUGGAGAAAAAUGAGGAGGUGAAACAAACUUGGGGAAAUUCCAGUAAAAAAUGGGAAGCCAGAGAGUUGAUUCAAUAUGCCAGGAAAAUAGCUCAGAAUAUGUCGUGGUUAUCCGUCAUAAUUGACGUUUUAGCUCUUGUUCCCCUCCCACAACUGAUAAUACUAAUGUUUUACCCAAAGGAAGGCUCAGGAUUUGUGGAAAACACAAUGUUUGUGAAUGUGUUUCUUCUCGGUCAAUAUGUUCCGAGGAUUUUUCGAAUUCACCUGUCGGCCAAGGCAUUCAAAAUGAUGAAUGGGAUAUGGCCUAAGGGUCUAUUCAACUUGUUUCUCUACAUUCUUGCUGGUCAUGUACUCGGAGCUUUUUGGUAUUUUUUUUCUAUUCAACGAGAGGCAUCAUGUUGGCACGAUGCUUGUGUAAAACUUAGUUAUGAAUUAUGUAAUGGCACUUUUUGUGUUGGAUGUAAGGACACAUUGUACUGCGAUAGUGGGCAUUCUACAAGAAAUAUCAGAUAUCUAAACAAAAGUUGCCCGUUGGAUACUCCAGAUGAUGCUUUAUCUCCAUUUGACUUUGGAAUAUUUCUCGAUUCCCUUAAAAAUGAAAACCCGGAUCAAAAGUUCGGCAAUAAGUUUUUAUACUCUUUCUGGUGGGGCUUGCGAAAUCUAAGUAAUUUUGGGACAAAUCUGGAAACAAGUACGUAUUCAUGGGAAAACUUGUUUGCGAUUUUCAUUUCAGUGACUGGCUUGCUACUGUUUUUAUAUCUUAUUGGAAACGUGCAGGCUUUUAUGCAGAUGGAAGCUACAAAAAAAGAGGAAAUGAGACGACAAGGUAUAAAAACAACAAAAACAGAGGAAAUGAGACGACAAGGUAUAAAAACAGAGGAAGCUAUAAAAACACUUAAGGAAAUACCAAUGCUUAAAGACAUGGAUGAAAAAGUGUUGAAGAUGAUGUGCGACUAUCUAAAGCCAGCGACGUACAGUGAGAACAGCUUCAUUUUUCGAACGGGAGAUCCACUCGAUUGCAUGCUGUUGAUUAUCGAAGGGACAAUGUGGACCUACGCGUCGAGUGAUAGUCAUGCUGGGCAAGGAAUCUCAUCAAUGGGCAUCAAGCCCCUCAGGAAAGGUGACUUUUACGGGGAAGAGCUUCUCGAUUGGGCAUCAGACUUCACCAAAGUUCCAGUCUCCAGCAAACAUGUCAAAUGUCAUACAAAAGUAAAAGCAUUUGUGCUCAUGGCCGAGGACUUGGGAACUGUAGUCUCCCCAAGACCACAUGGGGACUUGCUCAAUCGUAACAAUGCUGAAGAGGUGAAGGCGACGCUGUCUGCUGCUCUUCGUUCCCAUACCAAGGCGGCGCAACGACUUCCGCCUCCGUCCCUGGCUGAAAUAGGGGAUGACAAUAGUGAGAACUAGCCAUCUACAGCAAGUAAUUAGUAUCUUCAGAAACGUCAUAGUAGAGACGCUUUAUGGCCAAGAGUUCCAUACACAACCCUGGCUGAGUAGAUUUCGUAUAAGCUCUGGCCUCAAAAUAAUAUAGCCGUACGUUUCAAUAAUUAAGCAGUGGUAGAAAGCUCUAAACCUUAUAUAUCGUGCUGCUUGAUGUAAUUUAUAUGUUGACAUUGGCACGAGUGAUUUAAGUAAUUAAGUCAACUGCAAGUGUUUUA